AUGUAUCCAAGAAAUGCGUUUAACUUGGCUGCUCGAAAUUUACGCUCUUUAUCACUCCCGACACGACGAAUACAUGCCAGCAUACGUGUAUUCGCGGACACACCACUGGCGGAGACAGUGAGCACAUCCAAAUUGGACGGGGACUCUCAAGAACGAUGGUUGUUCAUCGACUCCGUCUUCCCCAUUCGCCUCGGUAUCUGGGACCUUCGACACUACAUUGGCAUAUUACGCGAGGAAAGCCUCUUGGAGCGCUUGCGCGAGCGUCUCGAGACCGUAAAGACACAUGAAUUCCACGUCCACGAGCUCCAGCCAUAUCUGAAGGACGGCGGUGUCUUUGUGCGCUUCACUUAUACUGCUCGUGAUCACCAGAACGCGCUCGAAAUGCUUCAGACGGAUCUCCAACUUGAAGCUACCAAGCAUGGCGGUCUCCCCUCUUGGUCGGGACUUAAUUACUGCAAUAUCUGGCUCGUGAAGGGGGAGCCGUUUCUCGAGGAUAUGUACCGAUACCCGUCAGGAAUCGUCCACGUUUCUUUCCAGGGCCCAGAUGUUCCUGAAGAAGCCCUGUAUAGUCUGUUUCGACCAUGCGGCCGAAUACACAAUAUCACCGCUCCUACGCCUGUUCCCGCAGGUACACUCCGCUCCUCUGAUAUCAUGUUCCACCGCGUGCGCUCCGCCACUAUCGCACGGAACACCGUCCAUGGAUACACAUUCUCCGAUGGUGGUGGAACAACACGCCUGAGGACUGUAUACCAACACCCCAUUCAGGCCCAUGCAAUCAGGGACUGGCUGACUUCGCACCCCAGGAUCGUGUUACCGAUCUUAUUUUUUUUGCUUGGCACAUUGACUUACACUAUAUUCGAUCCCAUAAGAGUCCUCUCUGUUGAAGGGAAGAUGCUUAAUUGGUUCGACCAUCGCGAAUACAAGCUAUAUAAAUGGCUUCGUGCGAAAGCCUUGGACCGGUUCUCCCUCACGAGCUUCGGCCGUGAAGAUGUCUCUCCACAGGGAGACAUAUGGAAGGAACGCAAGGAUGCAGAAAGCGCUGUGCGGAACUACCUCUCCGAACUACCUUCUACAGUUGCAUUCGUACAUGGUCCCCAGGGCAGCGGCAAAUCGAGUAUGCUUGAGGCUAUCAUCCGCGACACUGGCAGAAAAGCUUUAGUGAUCGAUUGUGCUGAGCUCAAUAGAGCGACAUCGGACACGCGACUCGUUUCGGCACUCGCACAGCAGACCGGCUACAGACCGGUUUUCGCCUUCUUGAACUCCGUCAACAAUAUGGUAGACAUUGCGACCGUUGGCCUCAUCGGUCAAAAAGCGGGCUUCACAUCUUCCCUUGAAGAUCAGCUGAAACGAAUUCUGGAAGUCACAGGCACAGCAUUGAAGAAAGUCAAUCAUUCUCUUCGCGCUUCUGCACAGCGCACUGUUAAAGCAGCGCAAGACGCUGAAGCACGACAAGCUGAGGAAGCGCGGACUCGCGCCCGUAUUCGUGCCGGGACAUGGCAUGAUCCACGGCUGGACUGCGUCGCCGGGAACGGCAUCAUAAGCGAGCUUGGCGUCGGCGACGAGUUGCUGGAUGGCGCUGACGGCGAGUUUACGAGCUUCGAUGCAAUGGAGAAAGAUGUCGGAAACUCGAAUGGCGGAGGGGAGAAGACGAGCGAGGAGCUAGCAAGACAACACCGGAAUGCGGAGGACGUGCAAGCUGUGCGUACCCUGCCGAUUGUAGUCAUCAAGAACUAUGCCGCACGGGGAGGUGCUUACAAGGAGGAACUUCUCAGUGUUUUGGCACAUUGGGCAGCGUCCCUCGCAGAGAACCAGAUUGCCCAUGUUAUCGUGGUCAGCGACAACCGCGAAAAUGCAAAGUUGCUUGCCCGAGCGCUGCCUUCCAAGCCAUUGAACUCUAUUGCCCUUUAUGAUGCUGAUGCCCCCACUGCACUUUCCUUCGUUCGCCGACGCCUGCACGAUAUUGGUAUCACAUCGGAUCUCACAUCUGCACAAAAGAAGGCCAUAGAGCGCCUUGGCGGCCGCACGAGCGACCUUGAACGUUUAAUCCACAAAGUGUCUAAUGGUCAAGGCAUCGAAGAAGCGGUAGAAGACAUCGUCGUUGGCGGUGUCGGAGAACUGAGGAAGAAGGCCUUUGGAGAGGACAUCGACGACGCUAAGAGUUUGGCGUGGUCCAGGGAGCAGGCGUGGAUCGUGCUCAAGCAGCUGGCACGCAAAGCUGAGCUGCCGUAUUACGAAGUAUUACUUGAUGCACCCUUCAAGGGAGACGAGCUACCGCUUCGUGCCAUGGAACAUGCUGAGAUCAUAUCUAUCAGCACACAACACGGCCGACCGUCCACGAUACGUCCCGGAAGGCCCGUGUUCAAAAACGUCUUUGAGAGACUUGUGAACGACCCCGUCUUCCAAGCCACACAAGACAUCGCGCUCAACGACAAACUUAUCUCGAGCGCAGACAGUACCGUUCGUACAUGCGAGUCCGAGCUUAGCACGCUUCAGGACCUCGUAAAAGCGGAGCGGUCGUUCUGGUGGUUCAGGCGUAAAGCAACAUCCGAGCGGAAAGAUUACUUGUUGAAGAAGAUGCGUUCUGCACAGACCAAGAUACAGACUCUGGAGAAGCGGAACGCUGAGUUGAAGCGAGCAUUGGUGAAGGCGGUUUAA